AGCCUCGCCGUCUUACCUUGAAGAUAUGGUACAGUACCGGUUUCUGACUUGGUAGUCUCGACGGCUUCUUUCACGGCCUCAGGUCUCUAGUGCCGCUUCGAGAUUACCGGCCAGAGUACCCCAGAACAGCGGCCGAAGCCUCGCGCUUCCCAUUCGCGCUCUCCUAUACGAGCAUUGCCAACCCCCACUCCGUUCGUGCCCCAGCCCAAGUACGAGUCUCGGGAUUAUACGUCUCAGUACCACAAAGUCGAGCCCUGCGAUCUCGACAAGGCCAAGAAAGUCCCGGUCCCCGACGACUGGGCCUACAGUGGUGUCGUCCAGGGCCAGGCGGAGCCCGUUUUUGGCUCGCAUAGCCUCCUGGGAUUGAAAGAUGAUGCGUGCUUCGACAGGUUCGGAAGAUAUGGCCCCUACGGCCUGGGCUACAGCUCGGAGGUGGUGUUGAGCUCGGUCUGGACACAGAGCGGGCUGGGAGUGAAGCUGUAUGGACCAAGACGGGCAAGAUCAACUACACCGCAAUCGACUGGAGGAUGCGCAAACUCGAUGUUAUGAGUCUAACAAGAAGCGCUUUCAUGGCUCCGAGGAGCACGGAGAUGGAGCAGCAAAUAAACACGGCCGGCCGCGAACGCUCCCGAGGACCGCCGUGGUGGUCCGGACGUACACGGGAUUCAAGUGGACGCGGCACGCGAUCCUCAACUUCCGAGCCAUGGUAUCCGAGCUCGCGCUUCGGUCGGGCGGGGAGUACGCCGUCCACUUCCUGCUCCAUGUCCGCGACAACGACCUGCUGAUUUGGGCAGAUCCGGCCACCGCGCAGCGCGUUCUGGACGACAACGUCCUGGCCGAAUUCCACAAUCUAACCGUCCUCUGGUCCGAGGCCCAGAUGCGCCUCUUGUAUCCGGGCGAGUUUGGACCGAGCUUUUCAAACCCAGCUAGCGGGAAUAUCCACGGGGUCUUCCGCAGCGCGCACAUGCCCCUGCAGCACUUCGCCAUGAGCCAUCCGGAAUAUACGCACUUUUGGAACUUGGAAAUGGACGUCCGCUGGCUCGGGAACUACUACGAGCUAUUCGACCGGCUCGGUCACUGGGCCAAGGAGCAGUCCCGCGUGGAGGCGUGGGAGCGAUCGGCAAAGUACUACAUCCCCCGCCUCCACGGAGACUGGAGGCUCUGCCUAAGUCGCUCCACAUGUGCAAGAGACACAUGGUGAGGGAGGGUAAAGAUGAGAUGCACCGCUGAGAUAGGGUGCCCAGUGGUCAGACUGUACUCGCUGGGUAGUCGGUAGU